AUGUCUUGGUUCGGUUCAUUCCAUUGGCGGACGUGGGAGAGAUUCCAGAUUGUAGUCUGUGUACGGAGCACAGGUGGGGAAGGUGUAGGGCAGUUAGAGGCGAGGGAUGCCAGCCGAAAAGGAGGGCUCUUUGGCAUCUGUGCCAAGAAAAGAAGUGAAAUUGCUGACAUUCAGCACUAA